GCUCAUUAACUUCAAAAAAAAAAAGUGAUAUUCGACAACCAUACUAAACAGAAGUUUAUAUCAUUUUUCGACAAUCCUAAUUUCAUCGGUGUUUGAAUCUAGAAAAUCAUCAAUUGUUGGAAACACUGGGUAAGUUACGAUAAAUAUUGUAAAAAAAUUUUAUUGGAAUCAUCUGAAUGUACCGAUGAUUUUUUGAGUAAUCAACCUCCGAUUAAUUUCCAGUAGCUGAAAAUAUUUACAAAAAACAAUUAUUUUAAUUAAAUAUUAAAAAUCUUCUAAUAUUUCAUUGCAUUAAUAAAUGUAAAAAUUCAAUAAUAUAAAAAUCAAAAAGAAAGAACGGAUUUUCUAUUGACAAUAAAUUUGAUAAAAUUAGUGGUGUAUGAUGCAACGGUGGUGAUAACGAAUGAGAAGUGAGCAGAAUGAAAAUAGUGGUAAACAGAGUUGUAGCGGUGGUCGUGCAAGGAGUUGUGGUGGCUGGAUGCAAAGCUAUUAGACCAUGUACAAUGGAAAUGUUGAAUAAAAGAUUCAACAGUUGAAUCGUUACAUUGAGGGUGCUAAAAAAAUGAAAUUUGAUGAUAUGGAUUAAUUGGUGUUAAAAAGAUUCAAUAUGUUGAAUAAAAAGAAAGUGGAGGUCACUAACGACGCAUGUUACUUUCUAAAUAUUUUUUGAUAUUUUGAUAUUUUCUUAAUUAUUUAAAAUAAAUUAAUCUUAUUAUAAAUUAAUUAAUUUAUUUUUAUUUCUUAUACUAUAUUUUAUCAUUUUAAAUUAUAUAUAAAUAGACACUGAGUUUGUUUAAUUUGGAUAUAUAAAAAAUUAAUUAUUAAUUGAUAAAAUAUAAUGUUGAAUUUUAUCUAACAAAACCAUUAUAGUGGAUACAAGUUUAAUGUGUGUUAAAUGAUGAUGUGAAAGAAAGAAAAGAUGACAUAAAAUGUUAAAAAAUGAAGUGGAAUGUGUUGAAUCCUGUACAUAGUCUUAGACUUAGUCUCGAACCGCAUACUUAUGAUAUUAAAAAUUAUCUCAAAAAUAUCACACAAAAUCGAAAUCAUAAAUAGCAUUUACUAAACAACAGAAUAAACUAAUUUUUAUCAAAUGAUAAUUUUAAUAUAAAAAAUCAAAAAUAAAAUAUUUAAAACAAAAAGUUUUUUUUUUUUCAACAAAUCAAAUGAUGUCUGAUGUAGUCGUUACAAAACACAUUGGUUAACCAAAGCACAUUGAUUAAACAAAAAGUUUUUUUUCCUAAAUCUUAGAUUUUAAAUCCUAAUAACUAAAAAAAAUUAAAAAAUAUGUAUAUAUAUGUUUGCUUUUAACGAAUACUAUUUUGUGAUUUCAUCUUUCAGUGUUACUUGAAAAAUAAUUAUUUAAUAUAAUUCGAGGAGUAAUAUUUAUUUUUAAAUUGAAAAAAGUAUUUUAAUUAUAUUUAUUUAGAAGUAAAAAUAGUGCGGAAAAUUACAAAACAGGAAACACAUAUCCUCCUCUAGACAUACGUACACGUUGUCCAAAAUUUAUUUCCGCAGUAAAAGAUUUGGAUAAAGUACUCUUGCCGACAGACACAAAGCAAUCCCUGUCGGAAAAGAUAUUUCGGUAAAAAUGCUCCGAAGAAUCUCCUCUUCCUCCUCGCUCUCUUCGCCCCCUCUCUUCUUCCGCUUCUUUCGCCACUCUCCUCGCUAUAACUUUCCGCUGUCAUCUUCACGGACAGCCGUCAGCGUCUCCGGUCACCACCACCACCACCACCGGCUUUCCUCUCCCAACACAACUCUUCGUAGUAUAUGUUCACACUCUUCAUCUGAUCUCGUCUCCGAGCAUCCUCCCUUCGUCAGGAUCUACAAAGACGGUCGCGUCGAGCGUCUUUCCGGCACCGAAACCGUCCCAGCGUCUCUAACUCCACAAAACGGUGUCGUCUCGAAGGACGUCGUGUACUCGCCAAAGCAUAGCCUCUCCGCUCGUCUCUUCCUUCCUCAUAAAGCCAGAGAACUCGCCGCCGGUAACAAACUCCCGUUGCUUAUCUACAUCCACGGCGGAGCAUGGAUCGUCGAGUCCCCUUUUUCUCCGAUUUACCACAGUUUCCUGACGGAGGUUGUGAGAGCCGCGAGUUGCUUGGCGGUGUCGGUUCAGUACCGCCGUGCCCCGGAGCAUCCGAUCCCGGCGGCGUAUGAGGAUUCAUGGUCUGCGAUUCGGUGGGUCUUCUCGCAUUCAGAUGGGUCUGGUCCUGUGGAUUGGAUCAACGAAUAUGCUGAUUUCAACAGAGUUUUCCUCGCCGGAGAUAGCGCCGGAGCCAAUAUGUCGCACCACAUGGCCAUGAGAGCGGGUAAGGAGAAGCUUAGCCCUAGAAUCAAAGGGGUUGCGAUUGUUCAUCCAGCUUUCUGGGGGACUGAUCCUGUCGACGAGCAUGAUGUGCAAGACGUGGAGACGAGAAGAGGAAUCGCGCAAGUUUGGGAGGAGAUCGCGAGUCCGAAUAGUGUUAAUGGAACGGAUGAUCCGUUGUUUAACGUGGUUGGAUCCGACUCGGAUCUUUCCGGGUUGGGAUGUGAGAAGGUUUUGGUUGCGGUGGCGGGGAAAGAUGUGUUUGUGCGACAAGGGUUGGGCUACGCGGCGAAGCUGAAGAAGAGUGGGUGGGGAGGGGAUGUUGAGGUGGUUGUGGAAGAAGAGGAAGAUCAUUGCUUUCAUCUCUUAGACCCUGAUUCUGAUAAUGCUCCAAAAUUCUUGAAGAAGUUUGUCGACUUUAUCACCUGUUGAAGAGUAUAGCUUAAACUCUGUUCUAAGAAUAAACUUGAUGUCUUCGUUUUUUAUUAACCCAUAAUGUCAAACUGUUCAAUCUUAAAUAAAGUAAUAAUCCAAUCUUAACGCACUGUAUUCACGAA